UGCAUCACAAGAGUAACGCAUAAGUAACAUUCAUCGCAAAGUUAAACUCGAGUUACUGGAAUACAUACGUCCCUUAUAUCGUGAAAACAUUAAGGAAACAUUUUAAGAGUUGAUCAAGAUGACAGAUUCAAUGAAAUUUGGACCGGAAUGGUUACGCAAUAUGUCAGCGGAACCAUCAGUUGUCGUUGGUAGCAGCAACAGUAUGUCUGCUGUGGUAGGUAACAACUCUGGAGGCAACAAUGUUGUCGGUGGUAUGAACAGCACAUCAGGACUAUCAUUACAUAGUACUGGCAGUGGCGGAGGAAAUCAAAGUCAUACGACUGCUGCGUCUCGUAAUUUGUUUCCUGAAUAUCGAUAUGGUCGUGAAGAAAUGCUAUCACUUUUCGAUCGAAAUUGUUUGUUACCGCAAAUAUUGCCAUCUUUUAAGAAGCUAUUCGUUGAGAAAGUGCAAUACCCGUUGGCACUCACUCCCAGCUCCGAAGAGGAAAUGAUGAAUAGUCAAAACUCGCCCGGUAGCAGCACUCGACCUGCCUGGCUUCAGCGUUCAGCCAGUGGUUUCGGCAUAUCAUCGCGUGGAUCUUCUAUAAGAGUGGGAGCCACAAUCGGCGAUCGAGGUCGAAUGCGUGGUAAAUCUAGCUAUCAUUCGAUAUAUCAGAGACCAAGCGCACUAUACGAUGAUAGCAGCUUGUCGACUACAGCAAUAAAGGCGGAUCGCAAUUGGAGUGAACGAAACGGUAUUGGAGAUUCAUCCGCUGUUGGUAAUCCAUCUAGUGGCAUGACCGGCAUAGAGUGGAACGGAACACCCUCUUCAAGUCCACGAAAAGAAUUUUCAAGCCAUAAUCGUAAUAUGGAAAAUUGGCGACGAAAUCGGAAUGAAGAUGGCUCAGGAGAUGCACCAACUUCUGGCAACUUAGUUGGCAUGGAAGUUGUAGGAUGGCGUAGUGGUGCCAACCAACAACGUUGGGGACGUUCGACCAGUUGGCGUGAAGAAGACGCAAUACAAAGUGGCAAUAUGGAUGGGUCUAGUUUUGUCGGGAGCACAGCCUCUAAUAUUCAACGAUCUAUUUCAACAAUCGGAACUAUUGGCACUGACCGUGCAAGCAACAAUACGAAGAUACCAGGAUUUACAUCUAAUGUUUCUGGUGCAAUGGUAGUAGCUGUAAAUCGUCAAGUCGGCUCAUCUAAGGCUUGUCAGUCCCAGUGGUCAGGGAACAAUCUAAAAAGUAAUGUUGAUGGCGAUGACAACUUGCCGGAAUGGGCAAUGGAGAACCCAUCUGAAAUAGGGGGAACUUUCGAUGCUAGUGGUGCUUUUCACGGCGAGAGUACAGAAUUUUAUGAACAAAUAAAAAAAAAUACAGUUCCAAGUAAACAAACCGAUUCUGAUACCAUAUCAACGUUGCCAAGGGAAUCUGAGAAUUUGCGAGGUGCGAAUGAUGAAGCAAUCAAUUCUAAAAACAACUGCCAAAUUCUAACGUCAAAAAACCAAGCUACAGACAGCGAGUCAAAUCCAAUUGUACAAGCUGAAAGCAUAAGGAUAGUAUCUCUUACUGGUGAUAUUACAAUCCAACAAAAAACCAACAACUUUAACAAAGAAGAAGCAAAACGGGAAAUACCUCGGGAAUCAACAUCAACGCAUAAAACUGUAUCUUCCAAUCUUGCCGAUAUUUCCGAACGCUUUCAGGAAGUGGCCAACGAGGUGGAGAAACUUAUCAAUGAUGAUGGUGGUGAGGCUGCUUCAAUCGUAUUAAAGCCAUCGACUACGCCGAGCAGUGGCAUCAGUACUAAUACCAGAUACGAAAUUCCAAACCAGAUAAAUGUUGCAGUUGAUGAAGGACAUCAACAAUUGCAGCAUCAAUUGCACCCGGAAGCUGCAACGAAAGCAAUGCUUAAUGAAUGCUUGUCAUCACAUAAACCUUUGCCUUUCGUAGAACAGUUGGCGAUGCAGCAUCAUCUUCAACAGCAUCAACUUUCGUCAGUACUACCACCACAUCUAAUUAAUGUAAAUCCAAAUGAUUUAUGGUUUUACCGAGAUCCCCAAUCAAAUGUUCAGGGUCCUUUUAGUGCGAUAGAGAUGACGGAAUGGUAUCGCGCCGGUUAUUUCAACGAAAAUCUUUUCGUACGUCGUUUUGCAGACAGCCGUUUCAGGGCUUUGGGUGACCUCAUCAAGCUAUGUCAAGGCAAUAUGCCUUUUACGCAUAGCCAUCUGCUGCCAACUCCAAUUGACUUGGAUAAUCUACAAAUUGCAUUGACGUCACGAAAGCCGGCAACGGCUUUAAAUCUGCCAUCAUUUUCAUUGGGCGAACAGCAACAUCACCGUGGUGAUGAACUCGAAUUAAAGGCUAGUGUAACAGCAGCUGCUAACUCGUUAAGUGCUGCUAUAAAGGGUCUUAACAUCAAUGUAAGUCCCAAUGCACAUAGUGUGGAUACAUCGCACAUGCUGACUAUGCGAUUUCAAAUGCUACAGGAUCAGUAUUUGCAACAUCAGGAAUAUCAAAUCCUCUCGGAGCUAUCGAAAAAUGAAUGUUUCCAAAACCUUGAUGCUGGGCAACGCGAAGCUAUUGUACGGAGCAAGGUACAGAUGUUGGUGCUACCUGAGUACUUAAGUAGUUUCAGUGGCUUAAGUAAUUCGCUGGCUGCUCUUAAUCCUAUAGCUGGCAAUCAAUUGUAUGAUGCAAUUGCCCAACAAGCCAAAAAGGAUCAACAGCAGCACCAACAAAUAAUUUUCUCAAAUAAUGUUGAUCAACGUCCGUUUCUGGAUGCCAAUGAUUUUAUAUUGAAUGCUCAAUUAAUGCAUCAGCAACAAACUCAAGAACAACAAAAAGUCACACCCGAUCAACAGGAGUCCACAAAUAAAGUAAAUGAAUUACCCAGUGCCGAUAUCGAUUUGUUGAACGAAUAUAAUUUGCGAAUGCUAUUACGUGGUCCAGCAAGCACUACAAAUAGUCAGCAGACACUUUCUUCAGUUGCGAAACCAAAUACAGGUGUUGAUUUCAUGUCCAAUGAAUCACAAUUGCUGGCAUCACAAAACAUCAUCAUGCCUAUGUGGCCACAGCAGAAUCAACCAUGGCCUGCUAUGCAUAAAAAUACAAAAGUCACUUUGUGGGAUGUUGCCACUUUAGAGGAGGAGCAAAAUCAACAAUUGCUUCAACAGCAACAACUAAAUGCUGCUUCCGAUUGCAGUGUAAACACUACUGUUAAUUUAGAAUUUGAAGCACCGCCGCAUCAUGUCAAUCAUCAGUUAAAAUUGGAUCCAGAGCUUGAGGUUACUGUCAAUCAAAAUGAAAAACGAACACAACAGAAGACAGUGUCUCUCAUAUCAGAGGAAAACAUUCCAAAUCGAAAGGAUCAAGAACCUACAAGACAACUUCAGCUAAAUGAAUCAAAUUUCAAACAAUCCUCCAGUAAACAGGAACAGCCAGUUAGUAAAUCACAACUAGAGGGAAAACUUUCAGAUGUUAAGAUAAACGAAGAUGAUCGCCGUAGGGAACAUACCGAAGAAAAGAAACGUCUUAAGGAAGAGCGGAAGCGCCAACAACAAGAAGAUGACAAACGACGUGCCAUCCUAGCGGAAGAAGAGAAAAUUCGACAACAACAGGAAGAAAAGGAACGUCAGCAACAAAUACAAGCUCAACGUCGCAAGGCUUUACUUGGAAAUUCUCAAGCUACUGCAGCUAUUGUGUCAGCCACAUAUACAACUGGCUCAGGUCAGAAAUCGAGCAGUGGCGCUAGAAUAGAUCACUCAGCAUCACGUCCACAAACUAGUUCAAUGGCUCCUUGGUCUUUGCAAUCAUCCAGUAUAAACACGGUUGCCCCAGGAUUGGCCGAGAUUCAAAAGGCAGAAAGGCGUGAGCGUCGUGCUGAUCUUCAGCGUCAACAAGAACAGCUAGAUAAGCAAAUUCGAGCUAACGCUGCUGCAGCAGCUGAAGCGAAUGAUGCACUUCUUAAGUGGCAAGCCUCACCGGCACCUGCACAAGUCAUGAACUUAGUUGAUAUUCAAGCUGAGGAAGCCAAGCGUCUCGCCAAUGAAUUAGUUGAGCAGCAACGACGCCAUCGAGAGCACGAACAACAUCACCAUGGGGCUGGCCUAUCAACAAACAACAUAGGUGUGCCUGGAGCUUUGUCUAAUAUCUGGGGCAGUGCUAAUAAAGCAUGGAGCGGUGGGUCGGUAAUAACUAACACAAGCUCAUCGGCAACUAGCAACGUUGCCUUGUGGGACGAUAUAACAGUUUCUUCAAUUGCAUCGAAAAGUGUGAGUACAUCUGGCACUUCUGCGCUCGGCACUGCUCAUCAAACAACUCACAAGCCGCAGCAUAUCCAAUCGCAGUCAAAGAAUUCGGCUGUCUUACCAAGCACGCCUCGUAAUUUACGCAAAAGUCAAACGUUGCCAGUCAUGCAGCCUCAUAAUGUAAUAUCAAAGAAUGUUAAGGCUCAAGUACAUCAGAUGGAAAAAACUAAGAUCAUUCAAAAUAAACCAACAAAUAAAGCAUCGUCAUCUGGAAAUGAGGAUAAAAAGUUGAAUUCCAAAAGUCAACAGAAUAGUAGCAGUGAUAGCGGUUUAUCUCUAAACAAAUCAAUAAUCAGUGAUUACGAAAACGAGUUCACUAUUUGGUGCAUGAAGAGUUUGGACAAUAUGUCCGCCAAAGUGGAUGUACCUACAUUUGUAACAUUUUUGCAAGACCUUGAAGCACCAUAUGAAGUCAAGGAUUAUGUUCGUAUUUAUCUAGGUGAAGGCAAGGAUUCCAGUGAUUUUGUGAAACAGUUUUUGGAGCGACGUAGCAAGUAUAAGAGCUUGCAGCGUGCACAAAAUGCACAUAAUGAUGAUAUGUGUAAACCGGCACCGGCUAUAACUCCAAGCAAUGACAAUAGCGAUAACAAGAACAAACAGAAGAAGAUAAAGAAAAGUAAGAUGACAAAAAUGGAUGCACGUAUUCUCGGAUUCUCUGUAACUGCCGCUGAAGGUCGUAUUAAUGUGGGAAGUCGCGAUUAUGUUGAUGGACCAUAACCCAGAAAUACCCUGAAACACAACAUUUGGAUAUUUUAAAAGCAGUUAAUUAUAAUGAAUAUAAAUUGAAAUGCAGAAUACUAUUGAAUGUGGCAAUAAAUCUGUUAUAAAUAAACGCAUACACUAUAUACAUACAUA